UCUGCAGUGCGUUAGGUCUGUCCGCCUGUCAGUCAGUGAAGGGGUUAAACUGGGAGUUCUGCAGCAGUCUCUCCUUUCUGUCCACGGCGUUUAGCGGAAAACAUCUGACUCCUGCUCCGUUUUCCGACGCUCUGUUUGGCUUCUACUCAUUUUUUUGUUUUGUUGCGCCGGAGCUGCGGAGGAGUCAUCGCCGGGGAUCAGAAAGCAGAGUUUCUACAUCUUUUAACUGCGCGCUUUCUCCCCCCCCACCCCCCAAAAACACAGAGUAAGGUUCAAGUGUCGCCUGUAAAAAGCCAUGAUGAUGACCUGAAGCUGGGAGCUGCUCUUCAGCCUUGAAACUGACCUCAAAUCAGUUUUGUUUUUCCAGAUUAACUCCCCUGUCCUCCAGCUCCAGGGACUCUGCCAAAUACAACCAACAAGAAAAGCAUGUGUGGGUGUUAGGAGUCAUCUGUUCGGUUGACCUCGCUGACCCCUGAACACGGAGCUGCCGUCUGCUUUACGCCCAGCCCCCCUUUCCCCUGGCCGUUCAACUGAGGCUCCCUCCACACCAUGUCUGCAGAGGUGGAGAACAGCGCGCCCGUCCCUCCUGCUGAUCCCAGCGUCGCGUCCCCGACCACAGCCUCCAACAGCCCCCCCACCUCCCCCGCCACAUCCAAGGUCCCAUUCAGGAAAGAGAAGAAGAAGGUUUCAGAGAAGACAGAUGAGUACCUGGUGGGCAGGUUUCAAGGGGACGGCGUGAGGUACAAGGCCAAGCUGAUUGGCGUCGAUGAUGUCCAAGAGGCCAGAGGAGACAAGAUGUGCCAGGACUCCAUGAUGAAACUCAAGGGUAUGGCCGUAGCUGCUCGGUCCCAAGGCAAACACAAACAGAGGAUCUGGAUCAACAUUUCCUUGUCGGGCAUCAAGAUCAUCGAUGAGAGAUCGGGGGUGAUUGAACAUGAGCACGUGGUGAACAAGAUCUCCUUCAUCGCCCGAGACGUGACAGACAACAGGGCGUUUGGUUACGUGUGCGGAGCAGAAGGGCAGCAUCAGUUCUUUGCCAUAAAGACCGCACAACAGGCAGAGCCGCUGGUGGUUGACCUGAAAGAUCUGUUCCAUGUCAUCUUCAACAUGAGGAAGAAGGAGGCAGAGGCCUCGCAGAAGGGUGAAAAUGGCAGCGCUGUAGUUGAGAAUGGAAGCGACGCCUCGCUAAGUGUGGACAAAGCAAAAGCUGCCCAACCAGUGGAGCAGCUCGACCUUUUUGGAGACAUGUCGACCCCUCCAGACAUCCAGGCUCCAAAUGACUCUAAUGAUAUUCUCUUGCUGGACUUCUCUGCUGAAGUUGACAGCAAUCAGAAUUGCAUAAAGGGAAACUCCUUUGUAACUUCCUGUGCCCCCGACCGUCGGGCAUCUCCCCAGACAGAGAAUCCCUUUUCCUCCACAUUUGGCUACUUUCCAACCCCCGACACUGACCCUUUCAGAGAUGACCCCCUUUCUAAAUCACCCACUCGGUCGGCAUCCGAUAAUCCACACAUCUCCCUCACCACCACUAAUCACCUAAACAGCACUGCUGGCAACGCUAGUAAUACAAUUACCAAUGGUGGUUUGAAGGGAGACUCUGAACACCUCAGUCAGCAGAUAAAUGGGUUAUCCAGUAAGACCAUGAUCCUCGCUCUCAGUAACGGACAGUGGCCACUGGGGGGCAAAAUAUCUCAGGGCAACACGAUUACCAUGAUGGACGGGAAUGACUCUGGACUGGCUCUGUCAAACAAAAACCCAUUUUUUGACUCAUCUUUGCAAACUGCCCCUUCCUCUAACGGCAUAACUCUGCCCCCGCAACCCCCGGUGACGAUUAGCAAGGAUUCAGUAGUCAUAAAUCCGCCUCCACAGAGCUCUAAGGCUGGACGAGGUCGACGGAGUGCAAAGUCCACAGCUAGUGACCUGUUUGGAGCAGACCUGUUUGCUGCUCCUGCUCCCUCUGAAGCGUCACCUGCUUCAGCUGACCUUUUCAACAGUACACCUGCCAGCUCCACUCCAUCCUCCAUAGCUGCUCUUGGGAAUCUUCAGUUGGGUCCUCCAGCUACCACAUGUAUCCCUGCUGCAGGCAUGUGGGGAGCCGCCACCACUGCACCCUCCAUGUUCGCCAUGCCGGGAAUGAGCGCUCCAGUCCCAAGGCAUCCCAGCUUCCCGCAGCCAUCUGCCUUUGGUGGUCUACCAAUACCACCCACAGCCUGGGGCCAGUUUCCACCUCACAUUGCUCCACCUUUAUCCCCACCCCACAUCUUUCCUGCACCUCCAGCUGCUGGGCCAGCAGGAGCCAUGACCAAUCCUUUCCUGUCGGGUGCAUUCCCUGCGAUGGGUGACCAGCAAGGCCCGGCACGCCCUCCUCCAAGGCCACCGGCUAAGGAAGUAAGGGUAGAAAACAGUGCCUUCACAGCUUUGGACCCCCUCGGAGAUAAAGAGAAGAAGACUGGAAAGGACAUGUUCAAGGACUUCCAGAUUGCCAAACCCCCUGCCAUCCCGGCGAGGAAAGGGGAGUCCAACGCCGCUCCAGCCGCCAACAACAACGUGGCAUUCGAUCAGUACUUUUCCAGUAAAGUGGGCUUGGCUCAGGAUACCGCAGAUCAUGACGACUUUGAAAUCAAGCAAAUGCCACCAGUUGUUAAUGAUAUUCCUAAACCAGCUCCUGCUACAGCUGCAGCACCAGCCUUCUCCUCUACUCCCGCUGCAAACAGUCAAGACAUGUUUGAUGACGCAUUUGGAGCCCCAAAUUCCAGUCCGUUUGGAGCACCACCUGUAGCUAUGCAGACGGCUACAGCUGGUCAGACUGCUGGUUCAACGGCUGCUUUUGGGGAUCCAUUUGGAAAUCCCUUUGCUUGACCAUAACUUUGUGUAUAAUUGAAAUGGUGAAAAUGGAGACCCUCACAUCAAAUAACAUCUUUGGGACGAGCCGCGCAAGACAAUCCAAAAUGAUGAACUCUUCUUACUCUCGUCCCUGACCCGUCCUUCUUUUGUUGUUGUUGUUGUCUUUUUUUUCUGUCCAAUCAGUAGUUCCCUUAUUGCUAAAGACCACUGAUCUAAGAAGUAAAUGUUUUGUCAUGAUCUGCUGAAGAACGAAAUGUGGUGUGUGUGGGAGAACGGGCAUGUCCAAAGAGGUUCACUGCUGAUGCUGUCUGUGUUUAAAGAAAUAAAAUAAUUCAAUCAUAACA